GGCUGCGAUUGAGACAAAUCCGUUGAGAAAUUUAAUAACCUGUCUACAGGUUACGAAAGCGCCACGUCCUUCAUAUCCACAUGUCAACUGCCGAACUGCUUAAUAGUUUGCCAGCUACAAAGCCCCAACUACAUGCAACAUGGCCAUUCUUCCUUCCUGCUCUUUACUUUCACAGAGAAAACUGACCUACCCGUCCUCGAUAUUUGCUUAUUCAAGUCAAAUUAGGUUCCGUCUUGGCUUCCAAAUCAUGGAUUCCACUUCAAAAUCCGAACCCAAAUCCGUUUCUUCUUCUACAGUCUACCAGGUCCCGGGACUAGACUCCCAUGAAAUGGACAGCAUUGCGGAGAAGACCUUCGAAAGGUUCUCAUCAAAGACCGUGAAGAGGAAUGGGAAAGGGAUUUCCAUAGUUUGGUAUAGGAAUGAUCUGAGAGUGUUAGACAACGAGGCUUUGUUUAAGGCUUGGGUUUCUUCUGAGGCCAUUUUGCCUGUUUACUGCAUCGAUCCUCGUCUCUUUGAGACCACCUAUUGCUUUGGUUUCCCCAAGACUGGAGCUUUGAGAGCGCAAUUUAUCAUUGAAUGCUUGGCUGAUUUGAAGAAGAAUUUGAUGAAGAAGGGCCUUGAUCUUCUCAUUCAACAUGGGAAGCCAGAGGAUAUUCUUCCUUCUCUUGCAAAAGCUUUUGGAGCUCACACAGUAUAUGCACAUAAAGAAACCUGCAGUGAGGAGCUACAAGUUGAAAGGCUGGUUACGCGAGGUCUGAGACGGGUGGUGUUAUCACCUGCUCAAGGGAAUUCUACGAGUUCAAGUUCAACACACAAUCCUAAGCUAGAACUCAUAUGGGGCAGCACCAUGUAUCACUUAGAUGACCUUCCAAUCAGUGUCAGCAGUUUGCCAGACGUAUAUACUCAGUUUCGUAAGUCUGUUGAAGCCAAAUGUGCCAUACGAGGGUGCAUCAGACUUCCAAACUCUCUUGGGCCAGCUCCUAGUAUCGAUGACUGGGGACAUGUUCCUUCAAUUGAGCAGCUUGGACUUCACUCAGAAAAGGCUACAAAAGGAAUGAGAUUUUUGGGAGGCGAAACUGCUGCAUUGAGCAGAGUAUCUGAGUACUUCUGGAAGAAGGACUUGUUAAAAGUAUACAAGGAGACAAGGAAUGCGAUGUUAGGGCCUGAUUACUCAACGAAGUUCUCUCCAUGGCUUGCUUCAGGAAGUCUCUCUCCUCGAUUCAUAUGUGAAGAGGUAAAGAGAUAUGAAAAGGAAAGGCUAGCAAAUGACUCCACAUACUGGGUGUUGUUUGAAUUGAUAUGGAGGGAUUACUUCAGAUUUCUUUCAAUCAAAUAUGGGAAUUCAAUAUUCUGUUUAGGUGGCCCCAGAAAAGUGGAAAGGGGAUGGAGUCAAGAACAAAAAUUGUUUGAAUCUUGGAGAAAUGGCUGCACCGGGUACCCUCUGAUAGAUGCAAACAUGAAGGAACUCUCAGCCACUGGAUUCAUGUCAAAUCGAGGCCGGCAGAUUGUAUGUUCCUUUCUUGUUCGAGACAUGGGAAUUGACUGGCGUAUGGGAGCAGAAUGGUUCGAAACAUGCCUUUUAGAUUAUGACCCAUGUUCCAACUACGGAAACUGGACGUAUGGUGCAGGAGUUGGAAAUGACCCUAGAGAAGAUCGCUAUUUCAGCAUCCCAAAGCAAGCACAAACAUAUGACCCUGAAGGCGAGUAUGUGGCGUAUUGGUUACCAGAGCUUCUUGCCCUUCCCAAAGAUAAAAGGAACUUUCCUGGAAAAUCAUAUAUCGAGCAAGUUGUACCUCUCAAAUUCGGGAACACUAACAGGCAUAAUAGCCAAAGCAUGGUGAGAAGAAGCAAAUUUGGUGGGAGACCGUUCCCGGGACACAGGAGAUGAAACAAGGAAAAACAUCCAAGGGGAAACGCAUUUUACAUAUUCUGAAUAUCUAUUAAAUAUCAUUCUCGCAUUUCUUUCGAUCAAUUUCGCCUUGUCCAACUUCCAACAAGAAAUAAGCCACUCAGAAAGACGAUAAGAAUUGGUAAUAUAGCAUUCAUUAUUUUUGAGUUUAAA